AUGAAAAGUUGUCCAAAGGAUCACUUCAGCUUCUCCAUGUCCAGUGGGGCAGCUAAUGUUGUGGAACCACAGAUUUGCUUGAAGAAUAAGCUGGUUCUUGGCAUGACACUGAACAAUGUUGGCAGUGGAAUAAACAUUGUUGUCAUAAAUGGGAAAACAGGAGAAGUUGUCAAGACUGGUAACUUCAAUAUGUACAACGGUGAUGUUGAAGAACUCAUUGAUUUUCUCCUGAGCAUUGAGCAAGGGUCUGCUGUGCUGAUGGCCUCCUUUGAUGAUCCUGCCACAAAGUUAAAUCAUGAAGCCAGAGAGCUGAUUGGUGCACUGGGCAGCUCUGCCAGCCGAUCACUUGCCUUCAGAGACAACUGGGUGUUUGUUGGUGGGAAAGGAAUCAAGACAAGCUUUGAGAAGCAUCUAAAAUACAACAAGUUAAAUGAUAAAUAUGAUGGCUGGCCAGCAAUGAUUGAGCUGGAAGGAUGCAUCCCCAAGUACCAAGACUGACGUCCUCUGGAAUCCUCUGGGAGCCUUGACAACAAG